UGAACACCUAGGGUUUUGAAAUAAUGUGAAAAGCCACUACAGCCACUCCCUAGUUUGUGUGUGUUUGUGUGUGUUUGUGUAUGUGAGUAGGUUUGUGAGUGGGAUUGACUGGAAUGUAGAACACGUGCAGAGCUGCGUCUUUGUGAAAACUGAAGUUUCCAGGAGAUAAGACACGCAGGCUGACAGAUGGCCACAUGAGGUGUCCAAGUCUUUCCACUGCUCUGAUUCUCCAGACAUCAGAGAGAAGGAAAGACACUGUAACACAGAGACAGAGAGAGAGAGAGAGAGAGAGAGAGAGAGAGAGAGAGAAAGAGAAAUGGACGUGAUGAGACUGGAGCUAGGAGAAGAGUGUGUGGACAGCGAAAGUUUCAUCAGAAUGUCUCCUGAGACUCAGGACAUUUACCUCAGGCUGGACAGCCACCACAGGAGCUCAGGACUGCGUCUGGCUCGGAUUGUCGCCCGGCAACAGCUCCUCCAGAAGAUAGCGAGAGAAAUUGAAGCAAAGGAGGCCUGUGAUUGGUUGAAGGCCGCGGGGUUCCCACAGUAUGCCCAACUCUACGAGGAUUCCCAGUUUCCCAUUGACAUAUGUGCUGUCAAGAAGGACCAUGACUUCCUGGACAAAGAUCUUGUGGAGCCCCUCUGCCGGCGACUCAACACUCUGAACAAGUGUGCCUCCAUGAAAGUGGAUGUGGGCCUGCCUAAGAAGAGAAGUGAGGACUCGGACGAGGACGACUUGCUGGCCAUCAGCAACAGAUGGACCUUUGAGUGGAGCAGCCGUCGCUGGUCUCGCCUGCAGGACAUUGACCUCCUCCUGGGCGGAGCAGAUCGGCGGAGCCCUGCUCAGGGGCGGGGCCUGCGCACAACCGUGAGCAGCGAGAGCGUCCUGACCGACCUUAGCGAGCCCGAGAUCUGCUCACUGCACAGCGAGGACUCACUGUCCGUUGUGCCCGACUCCGCCUCCUUGUGCCCCCUGAGUGUGCCCCGGGACCGGCCCCGCUACGGCUCGCUCCCUGCUAAGGGUGGGAGGCACGGGCGCAUGCGCGCCAAGGACUUCCUGCGGCGGAUGGAGACGCUGGGGCGCUCGUGGGGGCCACCGCGUAGCCGGCGCUCCCUGGCCAUCAGCAGGCCCAUCCUGCAGGGGGAGCCGGAGUCGCUCAAAAUGCUGCGCUGUGUCCCCAUCGUCAAUGGCCAGCCUUCUCCUGCUGGAAACACGCCCCCUGCCGGCACACACCUGGCCAUGCUCACCAGCCAAUCAGAAAACAGCCAGUCGGAGACCAGCGGCAGCACGGGGAACACGCUCCACCUAAAGGAGCAUGUCUCCAAGCCCUGUGUUGCCAGCAAGUGUGCUGGCGUGUACCUGGAAGACCUGGAGGUGCUCUCCUGCGCCGCACAGAGGAGGAGGCCCGCAGAGCAGGGCCACAGGAGCGAGUUCCAUUCCUACGAGGACCUGGUGGUGCACGUCCCAAAGGACCACAAACCAGGCACCUUCCCCAAGGCGCUGUCCAUUGAGAGCCUGACCCCCGCCUGCGGGGAGGCGGGCAGCUGGAGGGUACAGGGGGCGGGGCCGCAGCAGGGACGGGGCAGGAAGGGGCUGGCGAGGGAGGCCCGACCCGUAACGCGCUGCCGCCCCCGGAGCAGCCGGAUCAGUGUGUAUGACAAUGUCCCAGGCUCCCAUCUGUACGCCAGCACCGGCGACCUCAUGGACCUGGAGAAGGAGGACCUGUUCCCGCACCUGGACGACAUCCUGCAGCACGUGAACGGCCUGCAGCAGAUCGUGGACCACUGGUCCAAGAAGGUCCUGCCCGAGGGCGAGGGGGAUGGGGAUAGGGGGCCAGACCAGGGGAUGAUGGAUGGACAGUCCUCCAGCCAGAUCACGCUGGACUUCGAAGGGACCUCGGUAACCACGCCCAGCGACGGAGACCGGGACGGCGUCUCGCUGAACGACACAGACACGUCCAGCACAAGAGAGAGGCGGGACUCGGGGGUGGGGGCCUCACUGACUCGGCCUCGUCUCAGGUGGCCAAGCUUCAGGAUGUCCAACCGCCUCAGCCAAUCAGGAGAUUCGUUACAGAUCUCUAGCCAGUCAGCAGGCCAGCUCUGCCUGUUACAGAAAUUCUCACUUCUGCGUCUCACCGCCAUCAUGGAGAAAUACUCGAUGUCCAACAAACAUGGCUGGACUUGGUCGGUGCCGAAGUUCAUGAGGCGGAUGAAGAGCCCAGAGUACCGGGACAAAAGUGUCUUUGGCGUGCCUCUGAUCGUCCACGUGCAGCGCUACGGCCAGCCGUUGCCGCUCUGCGUGCAGGUGGCGCUGCGCUACCUGCGCAGCCACUGCCUCGACCAGGUGGGCCUUUUCCGGAAGUCUGGUGUGAAGUCUCGGAUCCAGGCCCUCAGACAGAUGUGUGACGGCUCUCCGGAGAGGGUGAACUACCAGGACCAGUGUGCGUACGACGUUGCGGACAUGGUCAAGCAGUUCUUCCGGGACCUUCCCGAACCUCUGCUCAACAGCAAACUCGGCGAGACCUUCCUCCAUAUUUACCAGUACGUCCCUAACGAACAGCGUUUGCAGGCGGUGCAGGCCGCCAUCAUGCUGAUGUCGGACGAGAACCGCGAGGUUUUGCAGACCCUGCUCUGUUUCCUGCGCGAUGUCACUUCCUUUGUGGAGGAGAACCAGAUGACCCCCAUGAACCUGGCCGUGUGCCUCGCACCGUCUCUCUUCCACCUGAAUAUUAUGAAAAAUGACAACCUGUCACCGAGGUCCAUCCAGAGGAAGUACGCCACUGGCCGUCCUGACCAGAAGGACCUUAACGAGAACCUGGCCGCCACGCAGGGUCUUGCCCACAUGAUCGCAGAGUGCGGACGGCUCUUCGAGGUGCCUCAGGACAUGCUCGCCCAGUCCAGGAACUCCUACCUGGCGGCAGCGCUGCUAGCGCCCUCUCUGGACGAGCUGUGCAAACAGACACACCAGCACGAGGAAGACGACGAUGAAGAGGAGGAGGAAGGCUAUCGCUCCCACAUGGAGGGGCUGAUCUGGAGCCUGCAGAAAGACGCCAGAGACAAGGCCAAGUGCUGGGUGAGCCGGCCCAACCUGGACAACACGGAGCUCUCCUUCAAAAAGGUGGGGGACGGAAGCCCCCUGCGGCGGUGGCGUGUCUCGGUCGAGGUGGAGGCUCCGCCCUCCGUGGUGCUGAACCGGGUGCUUCGAGAGCGCCAUCUGUGGGACAGCGACCUUCUGCAGUGGAAAGUUCUGGAGACGCUGGAUAGGCAGACGGAGGUGUUCCAGUACACCCUCAGCAGCAUGGCCCCGCACCCCAGCAGAGACUUCCUGGUGCUGAGGACGUGGCGAACAGACAUGCCGAAAGGUGUGUGUGUGUUAGUGGCGGUUUCCGUUGAGCUUGAUGACUGGGUGUCUGUGAGCGGAGUUCGGGGAGUGGUGCUGGAGUCACACUACCUUCUAGAGCCAUGUGGCUCUGGCAAGUCGAGGCUCACACACAUCUGCAGAGUGGACCUCAAGGGCAAAUCUCCUGAGUGGUACAACAAAGCUUUUGGCCAUCUGUGCGCCGCUGAAGUUGCACGCAUUCGAAGCUCCUUCCAGCCACUGGACACCGAGGGCCCUGAGACUAAGAUCUGAGCUUGUCCAGGGAGCAGGGUGUGGGGGUCAGCGCUGGGCUCAGGGUCAGGGUGAGGACCAGGGUCGGGGAGAGGACCAGUGUCAGGGCUGGGCCCAGGGUUGGGGUGAGGACCAGGGUUAGAUUCAGGAGGUAGAUGUGUGGAACAUGGAACGAACUUUAGAUACUGUAAGCGAUAAGCAAUAAGACAACGUAGAAGAGUGUGAGGAAGAGGAUGUAGAAGGAGAAUGAAAGACAACCAUGGCACUUUUUGCAGGUAUAAACAAUAGCAGCGGCUUUGGUGAACAAACCCGUUUUCGAUGACCGCGGUUUCCCACGGGCAUCGGAAUGGGGUGGCCGUGGCUCAGACCGUUUCUCGGGCAAAGGCGCGAGAGAGUGCCCGCUGAGCGGGCAAGGAGGGCCGCCAAGGAGUGCCAAAGAGGCGACGAGAGGAUGCGGUUCGGCUCGGCUCCCACGGGCUGUGGCUCUGGUCUGUGCAGUGCUGUGUGCUACCUGACCCCUGCAGCACUCCUGGACUAAACCCUGCCCACGCCUGCAUUUAACCCUUGCAAAUGGCUUUAACAAACACUGCAUCCAGCAGUAGAUAUGAUGAAGAAAAUUCCACAGUCCAGCCAUCACGGUGCACGUCUAGUUGAUUGAUUAAACUCCCGCGUAUUAAAGCCCCCCCCCACCCCCCCACCCCCCAGGGCAUUUACUGGCUGAACCUGAAGUGGCUAUUAGUCAUUUUACAAUUAGUUUUAAACGUGAGGUAAGUGUGAGCUCCAGCCCUCACCCGUUUACCUAAUUGUGAGCUGUGGUGCUGUGGUUCCCUGUGCUCAGGGGAGCCGUUCUGUCACAGAGUGGGAGGAAACUGUGGAUUUGGACUGGGACAAGCUGCCAUUUCAGUACAUGCAACUGAAAAUACACCAGUUUUUAGUUCUUACAGCUAUACUUUCAAGGCAGAUUUGUGUGCAUAAAUAUAAAAAGUAAUUAUUAUUAUUAUUAUUAUUAUUAUUGUCUCAAUGUCAUGCUAUACAAUGUCUAGGACAUUAAUCCAUUUCACAGCUUCUAAGAAGCAUGUCUGUAUUCAGUUUUAAAACACAACACUGUAAACCUACAAUAUAUGAUGUGUAACUGUAUAUAUUUGCAUGUGUAUAUGUUUAUAUAUGUAAUCACUGUAUAUUUUGUACAUACGUUAAGCUUACAGGCAGAUUUACCUGCUUGUUUUGCUCAUAACCUUUUAUCUCCUGUGUCAUAUUGAUAUGUUGAAAAUAAUGCAAUACCAAAAAAAAAAAGUAAGCUGGUGUUUCCAUGCUUCUCUAGUGCUGUAUGGAUGGGAGCAGUGUAUGUGUGUGUGUGUGUGUGUGUGUGUGUGUGUGUGAGUGUGUGUGUGUGUGUGAGUGUGUGUGUGUGUGUGUGUGUGUGUGUGUGUGUGUGUGAGUGUGUGAUUGUGUGAGUGUGUGUGUGAGUGUUUGAUGUGAGCUCCGUGGCAGGCCACACAUUUAUCACAGUUCCAGUGUAGUUCAGAGGGAAGUACAGGAGGAGCAGAGCUUUGUAACAAGGACAAUUAAAGCCUCACUGGGAGAUGCA